UAACCGGCCAAGACAAAACAAAAUGUUACCUAAAAUAUUCGUAGUAAUGGUUGACGUGGGUUAGGCAACGAGAAAUAAAGACAAAGCAGAAACAAAGUGACAAGAAAAAUCCAAAGGUCUGCAGCUCUGUCUUGCCUUUGUCUCUCUCCCUACUCGAACAGCUAAACUAGUUGAACGUUUCACUCCAAGCCAAAUCCGAACAAAAGCACACGCACAAACAAGAACAGUCCCAACUUCCAAUCGGCUUUUUGCUUCAUGAAACAAGUUGCCAAUAAACAAACUGAAAAAACACAGGAAACCCUUUGUUCACGUGCUCAUCGAAUCACACUAUAUAAUUCAUCAAACCAAUUAUUGUUGCUACUGUUACCUUGGAUUUUGCAAAGGUUUGUUCUGAGAGCAAUGCCACUAAUAAGGCCAAGUAAUACGAGGAAGAAAUGGUACAAGACAGGAGUAGUGGAUGGAGAGGAGGCGAGAAGGAGAAGAAAGGACAAUUUGGUAGAGAUAAGAAAGAAAAAGAGACAAGAAAGUCUCCUCAAGAAACGGAGAGAAGGGUUUUUUCUUCACAAUCAGAACUUGUAUCAGCAGCAGUUCAGUCAUGAGGUCUCCAAAGCAAAUUUGGAAUGUCUUCCGUUGAUGAUAAAAGGAGUACUAUCUGAUAAUCCAGCGUUGCAAUUGGAAGCCACAACUCUAUUUCGAAAGCUAUUAUCAAAUGAGCGCUGCUCCCCCAUCGAGCAGGUAAUCGAAGCAGGCAUUGUUCCUCGAUUUGUGGAGUUUCUUGACAAUCAUGAUCAGCAUCAAUUACAGUUUGAGGCAGCAUGGGCAUUGACUAAUAUUGCAUCUGGUACAUCUGAGCACACGCAUGUUGUUAUUGAACAUGGUGCUGUACCCAAAUUUGUACAACUUCUUCGCUCUUCAAUUGCUGAUAUUCGAGAGCAGGCUGUUUGGGCAUUGGGUAAUAUUGCUGGUGAUUCACCAAAGUCUAGAGAUAUUGUUCUUAGUCACGGUGGACUGAUUCCAUUACUGGCACAAUUGAAUGAACAUUCUGAAUUAUCUCUGCUAAGGAAUGCCACUUGGGCUUUAUUAAACUUCUGCAGAGGCAAGCCGCCAGCGCCCUUUGGUCAGGUUAAGCCUGCCUUGCAAGCCUUGAAGCACCUGAUCCAAUUGACUGACGAAGAAAUUCUGACCGAUGCUUGCUGGGCCUUAUCUUAUCUUUCCAAUGGUACAAAUGAUGAGAUUCAGGCUGUGAUCGAAGCAGGCAUUUGUCCACGACUUGCGGAGCUUCUUCAUCAUCCCUCACAAACUGUGCUUGUCCCUGCACUCCGGACUAUAGGGAACAUUGUUACCGGUGAUGAUUCUCAGACUCAGGUUGCAAUAGACAGCCAAAGUCUCCCCUGCCUGUACAAAUUUCUCGCCCAGAACUACAAAAAGAGUAUCAAGAAAGAGGCCUGUUGGACAAUUUCAAAUAUCACUGCUGGAAAUAGAAGUCAAAUACAGGCUGUUAUUGAAGCAAACAUAUUUAGUCCUCUUGUUCACCUGCUUCAACAUGCCGAAUUUGAAAUCAAGAAAGAGGCUGCAUGGGCUAUUUCCAAUGCUACCUCCAUAGGGUCCCAAGAGCAGAUUCAAUAUGUUUUAUACUUGGUGAAACAAGGUUGUAUCAAGCCACUAUGUGAUCUACUAGUCUGCCCUGAUCCGAGGAUUGUGACAGUGUGCCUUGAGGGUCUAGAUAAUAUUCUAAAGAUCGGUGAGGCAGAUAAAGAAUCAGGCAAGAGUGUGGUAAAUAUCUAUACUGAAAUUAUUGAAGAAUGUGAUUGUUUGAACAAAAUUGAGAACCUGCAGAGCCAUGACAACAAUGAGAUCUACGAGAAGGCAGUGAAGAUUUUAGAGAGGUAUUGGUUAGAGGAAGAAGAAGAAGAUCACUCUGGUGGCAACUCACUUUUUUCUUUUGGAGUUAACCCUCCCAUUGGAGGUUUCAAAUUUUGUUGAAAAGUAAACUUAUAAGUUCCG